GACGAAGUGCGAGCGAAGUUUUACAGAAUUUAUGGCAGUGGUCCAAGACCUUUUGACCUGUCGCAAUUAAACUACAAAUCUACUUGCCAGAGGUUUGUUGAAAAAUACAAUGAACUGAAAGAAGAAGGAAAAAUCGAAGAGGAAAAAUUGUUUGAAGAAACAGGAAAAGCCCUUUUAGCCAGUGGGAUAACUCUGCAGAGAAGAGGGACAGACAAAGUAGCACCACGGGAUCAUCGGGAUGUUGAAACCAGCGAUUCUGUGUUACACCAGCAGCUUCAAACUGUGUUGCAAGAGCUACAGGAAAAGAAGAGAGAUCCGGAAGGGCAGAUGCCACAGAAGGAAAAUCCCUUGCCCUCCUAG